CGAGGGCGGAUGUUAGUACUGUAACUUACACGUAGGCUGUAAGUCCGCACGCUAAAUAUUUAGGUCCGCAGUAACUAUUCUGUGCAUCAACCCAACUCCGGGGCUUCAACGAUAGCUACAGCUUUCAAUACCACCCACCGCCUGGAGACGUAACCAAUCAUAAAGAUAAAGAAAAUAAUAAUAACGAAUGCAAUGCGUGUCCAAUCCCUCGUCACGUUUCUCUCCCUCUCCCUCUUUUCCCUCACCACCUUCGUCGUCGCCGAAGAGAGCGGACUCAAAAUCGAGAAGACACAUACCGUCGAAUGCGAGCGCCGCACCACAGUUGGUGAUGUCGUCUCAAUGCACUAUCGCGGCACCUUAGCCUCAGAUGGCUCCCAGUUCGACGCCAGCUACGACCGCGGCCAGCCCUUGGUGUUUACCGUUGGCAAGGGGCAAGUGAUCAAGGGAUGGGACCAAGGCCUCCUUGACAUGUGCGUUGGCGAUAAGCGCAAACUCACCAUUCCCCCCGGACUGGCCUACGGUGACCGCAGCGUCGGACCCAUCCCAGGCAGGGCCACCUUGAUCUUUGAGACGGAGCUGGUGAACAUCCAAGGUACGGCAAAGGAUGAGCUUUGAAACGCUGGCGCCGGAAGUAGUAGUCGUGGUGGUUUGUUCCUGUGGUUUCUGGUUGUUCUUGCGCUGGGAGGAGGAGUUGCUUACUGGAAACGGUACGGGUUUGGUGGGAUGUCCGCCCGCCGGGUUUAGAGCCGGGUGUGACAACUCCUUAAGGGCUAUUUUCUCUUUGGUUUGUGACACCAGUUAUGGAUUCUAAAAGCAAGGACAUGGAUAUUCUCUGUCGAUUGUGACUGGCCAAAUGCCUCUACCUGUAUGCAAUAGAUGUAUAGCUGAAUAUGCGUAAUAAACGUACGAAUAGCUCAGCAAGAAAACUCCAGUUAAAACAAAUAGGGUAUAACCAAAUUCCCGGAACCAUCUAAUCUACAAAGGUAUUUAUUAAAACAAACAUAUCUCGUAGCAGUGCUGUCGUGCAAUCAAUCCAUCUCUUCUAGACUCCCAUCUCCGCUCGCAUUAUAGUCCUCGCUAACUAGUAUUCCA